AUGGACGUUGAUGUGGAGAAGAAGCAGGAGUCCAGCGACGGAUCCCUCACUUCCGGUCAGGAAUAUGGGCAGAUCGUCUCCACCCAGCAGAAGACGUCUUUCUUCGCCCGGGUGAUCGAUGGAUUUCGCGAAAAUCCCCACGCCCGCGUUUCCGAGUUGCUUGUCGACGACAAUGGAAAGCCGCUGCCCAACCAGCCGCCUGCACAGCCGGCAUUGGCUAUGAAGCUCAAGCAGCGCCAUUUGCAGAUGAUUGCCAUCGGUGGCUCCAUAGGAACCGGUCUCUUUGUUGGUUCGGGCUCGGCUCUGGCCACAGGCGGUCCCGCGGCGCUGGUCUUAGCAUAUUGCCUUCUGGGGAUCAUGAUCUUCUGCACGGUGCACGCCCUGGGGGAGAUGGCUGUCUUGGGCUGGAAUUACUGCCUGCAGUGGCUGGUCACGUUACCAAUCGAAAUCAUGGCGGCCUCCAUAACCCUGAAUUACUGGCAUGGGGCACGUAACGUCAACCCCUGUGUCUGGGUUACGAUCUUCUAUAUUGUGAUUAUCUCGAUAAACCUGUUUGGUGUCAAAGGUUAUGGGGAGGCCGAGUUUGUCUUUUCAAUUAUCAAGGUUAUUGCAACCUUAGGAUUUAUCAUAUUCGCUUUGGUCGUUGAUGUUGGCGGCGGGCCUACCGGGCAUUAUUUUGGAGCCAAAACAUGGGAUAAUCCUGGCGCCUUCGCAUAUGGCUUCAAGGGUGUCUGCUCGGUUUUUGUCACAGCUGCAUUCUCCUUUGGUGGUACUGAACUGGUCGGUUUGGCGGCCGCCGAAGCAGAAAAUCCGCGUCUGGCGCUUCCCACUGCCAUAAAACAAGUAUUCUGGCGGGUUGUUCUGUUUUAUAUUGUUUCCUUGACCUUUGUUGGGUGCUUGGUUCGCUGGGAUGACCCUCGGCUACUCAACAGUGGCAGCAACGCUAAUUAUUGGACAUCGCCAUUCGUGCUGGCCAUCAAAAACGCGGGCGUCGGAGGCUUGCCUUCGGUCUUCAAUGCUGUUAUCCUCAUUGCGGUUCUGAGCGUCGGCAACGCAUCCGUAUAUGGUGCAUCCCGCACGAUGGCUGCCCUUGCCGAUAAUGGCCAGGCACCCAAAAUCCUUGGCUAUAUUGACCGGACGGGCAGACCGCUCGUGGCCAUCCUCGUCUCGUCAGCACUCGGGGCUCUUUGCUAUAUCGUAGCGCUGUCGCCGUCGCAGAGACAAGAAGCAUGGAACUGGAUGUUUGCUAUCAGCGGUCUGGCAAGUAUCUUUACCUGGGGAUCAAUCUGUCUGUGCCACAUUCGGUUUCGGCAGGCCUGGAAGUACCACGGUCACACCCUGGAUGAACUACCUUACAAAUCUCAAGCAGGCGUUAUUGGGUCAUGGAUCGGCUUUCUAUUCAAUUGCUUGGUGCUGAUCGCCCAAUUCUGGACAGGAUUUGCCCCGAUUGGUUAUCGAGAGAUGUCAUCAUCCGAGAGGACUGAGAUCUUCUUCGAAGGUUAUCUGGCAGCACCAAUCGUCAUUGUCUUCUACAUCGGGUUCAAGAUUUGGAAGAGGACUCCGAUCCGACGGGUUAAAGACAUUGACGUGGUCUCUGGCAGACGCGAGCUCGACCUGGAACAAAUUCUGGCAGAGGAAAGAGCGAUCCGAGCAACGUGGCCAUGGUGGAAGAAGGCGUGGAACACCUUCUGCUAG